GGUCCGGCCGCCGACCGGUGGAGGGGUGUUACGCGGCAGUGCGGCGGGAAGGAGUGUGUAUGUGGGACGAACGGUGACCGGUCGGGGUCAGCAGUGGCACCCUGGGAACGUUCCAGCCGUGCGAUGGCUGUCGGGCGGCCGGCAGUGCGCGCGCGCUGUCCAGACCGACGGACGUUGUUAGUGUUGGUGUUACUGCUCGUCGGAUACAUGGCGCUGUUUUCUCGACAGCCGACCGACCCGACAGUCGCCACCGCCCCGAACCCCGAGUUCCUGGCACUGUUUGACCUGGAGCCGGCCGAGUGGCCGAGUGGUGGCCUGUCCGCGCCGGUGGACUCGCCGUGCGCGGCCGCCGCCCAGCUGGCAGAGCUCACCGGCGGUCAGGGACCGCGGCUGGAUGGCUGUGACUGUGACCCUGUCUGUGACGAGCACUGUGAGUGCGCCGGCCGCACCGAGGAGCAGUGUGUGGCCGACAGGACGGCCGACUCGCGCGCCGGGCCCCGCUGCGCGGAGGCCGAGCACCACGGCCCCGGACAGAGGCUCGUGUCGUACUCGCUGUUCCAGGCGGAUGGCGGGGGAGCGACAACCGCUGCCGACAACCAGACGGACCGGGAUGGAUGGGGGUGGCUCCUCCAGGGUUUGAAGAGGAACGCGGCGCUGUCGAUCCUGCUGUACCGCGGCUGGAGGAUCCGCGUGUACCACGACACGGCGCCCGGCAGUGCGCGACGCGCCCGGCUCGCGGCCACAGCCUGUCAGUUCGACCACAUCGACCUGUGCUUCGUCUCACCGGCGGAUGGCGAUAGUAAAGGAGUAUACCGCGGGGCGCUGUGGCGGUUCCUGCCACUCUCCGACCCGCUGGUGGAUACAUUCGUCAGCCGGGACCUGGACUCUCGUAUCUCCAACCGGGAGGCGGCCGCCGUCCACCAGUGGCUCGCCUCCAACCGAACCUUCCACAUCAUGAGGGACCACUGGGACCAUUUGAUCACCGUGCCGGGCGGCCUGUGGGGCGCGCGGCCGGCGCUGCGCCGCCAGCUGGCCGACAAGCUCGGCACCCAGCUCAACAAGUGGAUGGCACACCCGGGCCAUAAGAACUGGGACCAGCGAGCGCUUCAUUCGGUCGUCUGGUUUCACGCUGCAGUGGACUCUGUGCAGCACGACAGCUACACCUGCCAGCGGUUCCCGGGCUACACGGUUCCGUUCCCGACUCGGCGGCGUAACGACACCACCCAGUACCUGGGUCAGGUGAUACGGCCUCCCGAGGGGUCCGGCGCCCCCGCACCGGCCGAGAAACUGCUCAAAUGUCCGCCCCAGUGCCGGCCGCGCGAGCACCAGGACUGGGAGUACUGCUGAGUCAGUGCAGAGGGGGGCCGAGUCACUGAGAGGCUGUCGAGUCAUCGCGGGUACUGCCGGGAUACUGAGACCGUGGAACUGUGUGUGUGGCACUGCCGUGACCGCAGACAGCGCCACAGGAAGGCGCAGGUAAGCGCAGAGCGAAUACGGGGGAACUCAUUCACAUGCCGAAGGUGGGGAGAGGAACAGAAGGCCAGGAUGCACGGUGAGACGCUUCGGUGACACGCAAAAUUGAUAUAUCGAGCACAAACGAAGUGCAAGAAGCCACGGGAACGAGAAGAGAAACAUGUCGAAUACGAUACGAAAAACAUCGUAUCUAAAAAUUUUAAAUACUCAGGGACUGUGUACCUCAAAGAUAGAAACAGCAUCCAUGACUCGCUAUUGUAAACGACCACGUAAAAGAUAUAUUGCUUAAGCUGCCCCUCCUCGGCAUGUGCUUAUUAUUCUGCCGCUCUUCAUCAGAAGCAUUACAAUGGGACGCCCUGCCUGAACUGUCAGUCCACAGAGGGACGCCACUGCCUUCCAAUGUAUCAGUGACCUCUUUCGAAAAUAGGACGACAUAACCACAGAUAAAACCGGACGACACAGAACCGUUAUCCGACAGAGCCGCCUAAUAGCUCAGCCCGUCCGAGUCAUGGGACCUCUAUGAUAAUUCGGUUCCAGGGAUAUCGGGUAGUGCCUUAUUCAUAUUCUGGAUAGCGGAGCGAAUGGUCUGGCCUAUAGUCUCGGAUGGUCGGUACGAAUGAUAAAAUUCGUACACUGGGUGGAAGAAAUAUGGCAGUCCGGAGAACCAGUCGUCGUUCUCAAUUCAAUCGUAUAUUUGUAAUGACACAUAUUUACGAAUGCAUAUUUCUUACCAGGGUACUGCAACCCAUUUUCUUGAUGUUUUAAUUGGGAGGCUCAGUGCCAGGGAUUCAGUGUGCAAAGUUGAAUCGACAUUGUCGAAUGGCAUUAUCGCUAAAGUUUGUAUAAUCAAAAGCCAGCUUUGAUAACAAAUGGUACGCGAGAGCACGGUUGUGAUGUUUUGAUGAUGACUCCGUUUGCCAUUUCGCCAGUUUUUUUUUAUGUUACUUCAAAUCAUUUCGUUACGCAUGAUUUCGUCCUACGUGUAUUUUCCCCGACUCAGUGUACAGCCCUCUGCAAACUGCGUGGUAGGAAUUCUUUUUUCGACAAAAACGAGAAUAAUGCGAAUACUAUGCUAUCGGUCAUUCGCAAAUCGUAACAGCAAUACGCGCGAGACUCCGCACCUUAGAUUGGCAUAAUCACCGUAUUCAUUUUCCAUCUAGUUCGGCAACAAAACCCAGAAGUUUAUAUUUGCCCCCAAAACAAACUUUUGCAUUUUGUUGCCACAGAAGGCGUAUACUUUGUUUAGUGAUACACCUAAUCGAAGAAGUGGAGCAUGGCGCAUCUAUUUGCAGUGAGUUCUGACCGACUGAUAGCAUAGCCUCUGAGUUAUUAUCGGUUUUGUCGAAAAAAGAAUACCUACCACGCAGUCGCAGUCUGCUGAGGGCUGUACAUACAUACCAAGGUGUUUAGUGAAGCGAUACAAUGUCUGAUGAGAUGGUGUUUUCGUGCACAAUAAAGGGUUCAAAGUCCUUU